AUGCCAAGCCACAAUUUUGCCUGCCCCGAGGGAGUUUUCCACGCCCAGAUCAACAAUGUUCGCCAGGCGGUCACCGUCGAGUCGAUUCGCGAGUUGUUCCGUCGCUCCGGUGAUGGGUAUGUGAUCUGCGCUUAUGAGCGGGUGGUGGACGGGAUGUACGGCGUUGAGGCAUAUGUCGAGUUCCGGUCACGGUGGAGGGCGACCCGAGCUCGAGAUGCCCUGGAUGGCCAUGCCAUCUACGAGGGGUGUUGCAUCCUUUCCGUGGACCUCCUACCACCGACCUACACCACCAUCACCAUGCCGGAUGACGACGGGAUGGUGCCGUCGUACUUCUACGACGACACUCUGUACGCGGAAUGGGAGGCAGCGUUGGAUGCGGUCCAGCGCCAUGAUGUGGUGCCUGAUGCUUCCACCGACGACCUCCAUCUCGAGGCGUCCAUGGGCGCCAUCAGCGAGACUCCGUCCGAGCUUGCCGCUCCUAAAACAUCAACUCAGUCAGCGAUCACCGGCAACGCCAUCCUGGAGCUCAGUGUGUAUGACAAGGUGAUCAAAGUCGACAACACCAACGACGCCACUACGACACCCACCACCUAUUUGACGGGGUGCCCAAGCUGCGAAACACCCGAGGAGUAG